AUGUCUGCCGAGGAGAGGAAAGCCGAGAAUGCGCAGGCCGUAGAGGUGCUCAGUCGCGAGGUCCAAAACCUCGACGAAAAUUCUUUUCCAACACUAAAAUCAAUCGGGGAGAAUGAAUUAUUCCGUCUGCGUGGUGGCAUUUCGGAUACUCUGGACGUUGUCGAUAAUAAGCGCGUUAAAAUUCGUGCUAAAGUUAACAUUCCUGUGGAACAGUAUCCCACAAUAAAUUUCGUUGGUAAACUUCUUGGCCCUGGAGGGCAGACCCUUCGAUCAAUCCAGGAGGAAACGCGAACCAAGAUGGCAAUCCUCGGACACGGUUCUCUCCGCGAUGAGGCUAAAGAAAAGGAGCUUCUGUCUGGUGGAGACCCGAAGUAUCAACAUUUAAAACAGCCUUUGCACUUACAGAUUGACUGUUUGGCGCCUCCUGCUGAGGCGUAUUAUAAUAUAUCCCAUGCCCUGGCUCAAGUUAAGCGUGUGAUGAUGCCGGAAAAUGUCGGCCAGCAAAACGCCCCCUGGGGUGCCAGUCAGCCCAACGCGCCUGCUCGUGGUGGUUCACCAAUGCGUGGACGUGGUCGCGGUCGUGGUAAUUAUGGCAAUCAAGGUAGCUAUGGUUCCCCCGCAGGAUUCGGUAGUCCUCCAAGCCAGCCGAUGCGUGGCGGUCGUGGAGGUGCAAGAGGUCGCGGUUGGGGAAUGAACAGCAGUGCACCUGCGGGACCACCAGCCGUCCCUGCCCAGGGUGAUGUGUAUGGAAAUGGGAUGGAGCAGUACGCGUAUCCUGAUCAAAUGACCUACGACCAGACGCAGUACACCACGACAGGUUAUGAGGACUACACGGCUCAGUAUGGACAAACCGAUGCUUGGGGCAAAAUGCCUACAACCGAUAAUCGUGGACGUGCGCGUGCCCAUCCUUAUGCCCGACCCGGAGGGAAGGAAGAAACCGCAUGA